CUUAUCUGUUCUGAAAGGAUACAUGUGCAGACUUUUUUCACACUCGCUGGCUGUUUGACCAAAGAUUGACAUCAUGCACACCAAGGAAAACACAUGCUGCUGUUCCUUUGAUUACUGCGAAUUGACGACAGAAUGGCUGCUGAGCAGGACGAGACAACGGCCAAAGAUUGCUAUUGUGUGUGGAUCUGGACUGGGCCUCCUCGCAGACAACGUCUCCAACAAACAGACCUUCAGCUAUGAAGACAUUCCCAAUUUCCCAGUGAGCACAGUUCCUGGUCAUGAAGGGUGCCUGGUGUUUGGUCAAAUGAAAGGCAAGUCCUGUGUCUUCAUGCAAGGAAGAUUCCACCUUUAUGAGGGUUACUCAUUGUGUAAGGUCACAUUCCCUGUGCGGAUCUUCAAGUUGAUGGGUGUGGAGACCAUUAUCGUAACAAAUGCAUCUGGAGGUCUUUGUCAGGAUUUCAAAGUGGGAGACAUCAUGGUCAUUAAGGACCAUAUUAACUUGCCGGGGUUUGCUGGACAGCACCCACUGUGUGGACCAAAUGAUGAACGGUUUGGCAUACGGUUUCCUUGCAUGUCUGAUGCUUACAGCAAAGACCUGAGGAAGCUCACUCUUGACAUCACUGCUGAGCUGGGCUACUCCAAUUUUGUGCGGGAGGGGGUUUACUGUAUGGUUAGUGGACCCAACUUUGAGACCAUCGCUGAAGCGCGCAUGCUGCAAAUCUUAGGGAGUGACUCUGUGGGUAUGAGUACGGUCCCUGAGGUGACGGUAGCUAAGCAUUGCGGAUUGAGGGUCCUGGGCCUCUCGCUCAUCACAAACAAGGUUUCUCUAGACUACAGCUGUGAGGAGAAGGUCAAUCAUGAAGAAGUUCUGCAGAUCAGUAAGAUGAGAGCUGAGAUGCUUCAAAACUUACUUAUAACGUUCAUCGCUCGCUCGCACCAAGUGGAGACCAUCAACAACAACUGCAUCUACACAAAUGCUGUUUAAGGUCAAUCAGGCCAACUGAAUCAAGGGCAAUGUGGAUGCCAUGUUAUUGUACAGAUCUUAAAGGCUCUAUAUUUUGUUCAGCCUGCAUUUAUCUGCAGCACGUUUUGUUGGUUGAAGUCUCCAGUAGAUCCAAUGGCAGAUCUCACUGUACAACUGGAGUAAAUGUAUAUUAUCUCCAAAAUGUGAUUGUUAUAUAACCUGCUGAAAAAUAAAACAGCUUAUACCAGCAUAAGGUGUUUAGCUGGUCUUCAUGUCUGGCCAAGCUAGUUAGGCUGGUCUGUUUUGACGG